UUUAAAGGGGAGCCUUUUACCUGGACUAAUAAGAGGACGGGGCAGAAUACAACGAGAGUUCGUUUAGACCGAGUUCUUUGCUCGGCUUCUUGGAGAACCCUCUUUGGGGAGGCGGUUGUCUUCCAUGAGAAGAUGGUGGAAUCGGAUCAUUGCCCCAUUAGACUGGAACUCCACUACAGAGGCAAUAGAAGGAGGAAAACACCAUUUAGGGUGGAUGAGAGAUGGCUUGAGAAAGAAGAAUGUAAGGAAAUUGUGACUCGAGCGUGGGAUCCGGGGGGCCAAUCGUCCAACCAGCUGAGCAAAUGUGAGCAGGAUCUAAAGGAGUGGUCAAAGGAGUUCCAUAAAAAUAGGUUACAAAGGGAGAAUGUUAUCCUUGAUCGACUUGAGGUACUCCAACGCCCGCCCAGAAUCCAGGGGACAGUGGAUGAAGAGAAAAAUCUUAUGGAAGAAUUGUCGAAGAUUUGGAUGGAAGAGGAGGCUUUCUGGAAUCAGUGCUCAAGGGUAAAUUGGCUUCAGAAAGGUGACCAGAAUACUUCCUUUUUCCAUUCAAGUACGAUAUAUAGAAAACAUAAGAACAGAAUCCUUAGACUGAAGGAUAAUGAGGGAAUUUGGGUAGAAGAUGAGAAUAGGCUGAAAGGAUUAGCGCAGGAUUUCUAUAAAGAGCUUUUUAAAGCUAGAAACCCUAUUCCAGUCAAUCAACUUUUGGAGGGAUUCCCAGGGAGCGUAACAGCAGAAAUGAAUGAGGCAUUAUGUGCACCGGUGACCAGUGAGGAGAUUAGAAAAGCAGUCUUUAGCCUAGGAGCGAAAAAAGCCCCCGGCCCAGAUGGUUUCUCUGGCCGGUUCUAUCGAAGAUUCUGGGAUACCACUGGGGAGACGUUGUGCAGAGAAAUUAAAGAGUUCUUUGAGUCAGCCUCAAUGCCCGAUGGUUGGAAUGAUACGCAUAUUGUUAUGAUACCCAAGGUUGAUAGCCCAGAUUCGAUUAGCCAGUUUCGUCCAAUCAGUUGCUGUAAUUUUAGAUAUAAAGUUAUAUCAAAAAUUAUGGCAACACGCCUCAAGAUCUGGACGCCCUUUCUGGUCUCGGAACUCCAGACGGCCUUCACUGGAGGGAGACUUAUUCAAGAUAACAUCAUCAUUGUCCAUGAGGCGCUCCAUCAUUUUAAGAACCAUAAGCGGGGAAGAAGAAGAGACAUGAUGCUAAAACUAGAUAUGAAAAAGGCGUACGAUAUGGUUGAUUGGGAUUGCUUGGAAAACCUGCUGAAGAGCUAUGGGUUUGAUGAGAGAUGGUGCAAGUGGGUGAGCUCGUGCAUCCGGUCGGUUAAAUUUUCCAUCCUCUUCAAUGGGGAAGCUACAGACGAGUUCACACCGUCCCGAGGCAUAAGACAGGGAGACCCCUUAUCCCCUUUUCUCUUCAUUUUGAUGUCCAAUGCUCUUUCCUUUUUAAUUGAUAAGGCCGUUGCCCAGGAUCAGUUGAAAGGCAUCAAACUUAACUCUAGAUGUCCUGUGCUUACCCACUGUUUAUUUGCCGAUGAUACUGUCAUUUUUGGUAGGGCUAACCAUCAAGAAGCUGAGAAAAUCUUGGAGCUGAUAAGAGAUUAUGGGGCAAUCACAGGACAAGAAGUCAAUAUCAAUAAGUCUUCAGUUUUCUUUAGCGCGAAUGUCCCCAGUGAAGACAAAACCAGUAUUACUGACCACAUUGGAUUCUCCUCUUCUAAUUGCCAUUCUAAGUAUUUGGGAGUUCCGACGGAGUGGGGAAACUCAAAGAAGGAGACAUUUCAAUUUCUCAUCCAAAGAAUGGAGAAGAUGGGGGAGGCAUGGAAAAGUCUCCUUCUCUCGCAUGGAGGGAAAGAAGUUUUGCUCAAAGCCGUCAUUCAAGCUAUCCCUUCUUACAUCAUGUACCUGUUCCAUCUUCCGGUUUCUCUUACCAAGAAAAUGGACUCUCUUCUCACCAACUUCUUCUGGUCAGGCUCUAUGCAGAAGAGUAGUCUUCAUUGGUGUAGGAAAGAUAUCCUAUGUGCUCCUAAAGCGGAAGGGGGUCUGGGAUUUAGGAGCUUCAAAGACUUUAACUUGGCCCUUUUGGGUAAGCAAGCAUGGAGGCUUUUAAAUUCCCCCGAUGCCCUAUGGUGUCGUCUUCUCAAGGGCCUCUAUUACCCGAGAGGGGAGUUCCUCCAUGCAAAAAAAGGAAACAGAUCUUCUUGGAUCUGGGCUAGUCUCUGGGAAGCAAAGAAAGUGAUCAAUAUGGGAGCCAUUAAGGUCAUUGGGUCGGGAAAGGAUACAUGGAUUGGGCGGGACCAGUGGAUCCCUACUCUGCAAAACUUCGGCAUUAGUAGUGGACCCCAACAGAACAUUAGGGUUAACGAAUGGAUCAACCAGGGGGACAGGAGCUGGAACUCCGAGCUUUUGCAAGGCCACGUCUCUAUUGAAGAGAUGGAUGCUAUCCUUCGAGUCCCGGUUGGGGAAGAAGGAUCUGAUGACUUUUGGGCAUGGUGUCUCACCAAGGAUGGAAGUUUCUCGGUUAGGACGGCUUAUCAUGCGGUUCACAAAGCAAACACAAACUUUCAACAGUCAGGGAAUGCAGAGAAUUGGAAAUGGAUCUGGGGGCUAAACAUCCCGCCUAAGCUUAAGUUCUUCAUCUGGAGAUGCUCCAGAAACGGGUUGGCAACUAAAGAGUGGUUGUUUCACCGGAAAUGUGCCCCAAACCAGACUUGUGAAGUUUGCCAAAACCCACACGAAUCCAUUAUCCACUGCCUCUUUUUUUGUCAGCAUGCUAGGGACUCCUGGAAUGCUAUUUUCCCUUCCCUUCCUCUCCCACCCCUGAAUACCUCGUUUUUUGAUUGGUUCUGUGCUCUGAAGGAUUCGAUCUCCCAUGACUCACUGAUCCACAUCGUCUUCCUGUGCUGGAAUAUUUGGAAGGCAAGGAAUGAGCGUACCUUUAAGAAUCGAGUUCCCUGGCCCCCAAAUGUCUGCACACAAGCCUUUAGGGAUUUCACGGAAUGGACUUCCUGUCCGAGGUCCCCGCCUCCCAGUUUCACCUCUCCUACUCAGCUCAGGGGAACCCAGCAUACUACGAGUCCCCCGCCAAGUAAUCACUCGUUGGUGAUUCACUGUGAUGGGUCGUUCUUAAGCGACUCCCAGACGGCGGCAUAUGGUGUUGUUGUUGUUAACCACCAUGGACAAGUGUGUGAUGGACGAGCUGAGACACUUCUUUGUUCCACCCCGAUAGAAGCGGAAGCGAAAGCUCUUCUGGAAGGUCUAAAAUUAGCACAAGAAUAUGGAUCAGAAUGUACAGUUCAAUCGGAUUGUCAGAUGUUGGUGAAUGCUCUGAAUCAUAAUCAGUCUCGUUGGCCCUGGAGAUGCGCUGCCUGGAUUAACUCUAUGGUCACUAUUCUUAGGGCGAAUCCGAACAUUAAUGUCAAAGAGGUUCCAAGGGCAUUAAAUGUCAGAGCUGAUUGGGUUGCACGAUCGAAGGCUCGAUCUACAUUGCCAGAUGACUGGAUCAAUAUUCUUGAUUUAAUUUCUGAUCUCCUGUAAUUGUCCUCGCUCGUUUCACGAGUUUCUUUCGAUGGUGGAAUAAAAGUCGUUAAUAUUGUCAAAAAAAAAAAAAAAGCACAAUGAUAACAUUUUCUGCCUCUACAACUACAAGACUGGACAUUAUAUACGAGGUACCCUAAGGAAUUCUAACACUAACCCAUGUAUCCUUCAAGAACAAGUAAUGGAAGUACAAUGUCAAUCAUUGACCUGAAACCAUAUGCCAACACUAACCCCCCCUAAGCCUAUCUUCUCCCAUCAUGAGAUCUAGAGAUGGAAGCUUAGACUUUCUUUUUUGUUAUUGGGAGUAAGAUAGAAGGUUAGACUGUUCAAACAACCAAUGAACAGAUUGGGUAAAA